UUGAACACGAAAGUGAGUGGAAGAAGGUGUACUUUGACUUGAGGCCUUGAGCAAUUUUAACAUACAGGAAACCCAUCCUUCCCUGAUCUGCUCAUCUUGAAAACAAUGGCUAUCGUAGAAGUUUUUCUGGGUGCGUUCUUUAGUGUGUUGUUUGACAGAUUGGCCUCUAGCGAGCUGUUAAAUUUUGCUCGCAGCGAAGGGAUUCUUACCCAGUUGACGAAAUUGCGCAAACUGCUAUUCACAAUUAGAGCGGUGCUCAACGAUGCUGAAGCUAAGCAAAUAAGGGACGAAACUGUGAAACUGUGGCUGGCGGAACUGAGGGAUCUGGCUUACGAUGUGGAUGAUCUGGUGGACGAGAUUGCGACAGAAGCUUUGGACCAUGAAGUGAAUUCGAAGCCUGAAGCAGCUACCACAAGCAAGGUUAUUAACUUUCUCCCUACUUGUUGUAGUAAUUUCCCAAGAUCAGUUGGGCUCAAAACCAAGUUUGGCCCCAAGAUUGAAACGAUCACCGCUAGACUAGAAGAUAUUGCAAAACAUUGCGAUGGCCUGGGUUUGAGAGUCCAUUCUGAAGUAAGGUCAAACACAGGAACAGAGAGAAUGACUGCUUCCUUGGUGCGUGAGUCCUAUGUUUAUGGACGGGAAAAGGAUGAACAAGAAAUACUUGGAUUGUUACUCAAGAAUGAAUCAUGUAAUGAUGAACCAUCCGUCAUUUCAAUAGUUGGUAUGGGUGGUCUCGGCAAGACCACUCUUACUCAACUAGUGUACAACAAUCAAAAAGUCAAGGAUUUAUUUGACUUGGGAGCAUGGGUAUGUGUUUCUGAAGAGUUUGAUGUGCUCAUGAUAACAAACAAAAUUUAUGAAUCAGCGACCAAAGAGAAUCGUGACUUCAAGAACUUGGAUACGGCGCAAGUAAGUCUUAAAGAGAAACUUUAUGGGAAAAAAUUUCUUCUUGUUUUAGAUGAUGUUUGGAAUGAGGAGCAUGAAAUAUGGGAUCUCCGUCGUGCGCCUUUUCGAGUUGGGGUACCUGGAAGUAAAAUUAUUGUUACAACUCGGAAUGAAGGCGUAGCAUCAACCAUGGAUUCUGUUCUAGCAUACCGUCUAAAAGAGUUGACCGAUGAUGAUUGUUUAUCUCUGUUUGCUCAACAUGCGCUGGGUACAAGGAAUUUUGGUGGCCAUCCAAAUUUGGAAGAACUUGGUAUGGCUGUCAUGAGAAAGUGUCGAGGCUUGCCUUUGGCAGCGAAGACAAUGGGUGGCGUCCUGCGCAAUAAACGUAGCCCAAGAGAGUGGAAAGACCUACUGGAUAGUGAAAUCUGGGAUUUACCCGAGUAUAAGAGUAGCAUUCUUCCAGCUCUGAGAUUAAGUUAUCAUCACCUACCUUCUCAAUUGAAGCCAAUGUUUGCAUACUGCGCCAUAUUUCCAAAGGACUAUGAGUUUGACAAGGAUGAGUUAGUCUUGGUAUGGAUGGCCGAAGGAUUUCUGCAACAAUCACAAGGAAUGAGGAAAUGCAUGGAAGAGCUCAAUUUGUUGCUGGAGAAAUAUGCGUUAGGUUGGAAGGUAAUACGGAGAGCAGUGAAUGGCGGAAGAUUUCCCCUAAGGCUCGUCACUCGGCAUUCAUUCGCCACAGAUUCGAAAUGUAUACAAGAUUCAAGGCAUUUCAUUGAACUUCAUAGCAUGCGGACAUUCUUAGCACUGCCAGUUUAUAAGUCAUGGGCAACGAUCUUCAAUUUACACAAUGUUGUUAUAGUCAACAUACUCCCAAAGUUACUGCAGUUAAGAGUAUUAUCUAUGAGUUGGUACAAUAUAAAAGAGUUACCUAACUCGAUUAGGGAUUUGAAACAUCUUCGUUACUUAAAUUUAUCAGGGACACUAAUUAAAUGGUUGCCAGAAUCAGUGAGUGGUCUCAACAAUUUGCAGACAUUGUUGUUGCGUGAUUGUCAUGAGCUUUGUAAGUUGCCCGCAGAUAUUGAAUAUUUAGUGUAUCUUCGUCAUCUUGACAAUGCUAACACUCCAAAAUUACAAGAGAUGCCCCCCGGGAUUAGUAAGUUGAAAAGUUUGCAAACUUUGCCAAAGUUUGUUAUGUGUAAAAGUGGUGGAUUGGAACUUAGCCAUUUGAACAACCUAGAGCUUCUACGGGGGAUGCUUUCCAUUGUAGGUUUGCAAAAUGUUAAGAAUGUGUGGGAUGCGGAGGAGGCCAACUUAAAUGGUAAGAGAGAGCUUGAUGACAUAGAAUUGCUAUGGAGUAGUGAGGUUGAAGAUUCUCGAAAUCAAAAGCUCCAAGCCAACAUACUUGACAUGCUACAACCGCAUAAGGGAUUGAAACAUCUCAAAAUUGAGUUUUACAGGGGCUUAACAUUCCCCAGUUGGAUUGGCGAUAUGUCUUUCUCAGAAACCACACAGAUUAGUCUAAGAGGAUGUACAAAAUGUGCGUCUUUGCCACCACUAGGUCAGCUACCUCUGCUGAAAGAACUACACAUUCAAGGCAUGCAUUCAGUAAAGAACAUGGGUGCUGAGUUCUAUGGGGAUGGUAGCGCUUUGGAGACUCGAUUUCCAUCGCUCGAGAUUUUGAGCUUUAAGGAUAUGCCAAAAUGGAAAGAGUGGUGUAGUUAUAUUGGUGUUGAAUUUGUAGGACAUUUCCCUUGCCUUCGUCAACUUACUAUAUGGAAUUGUCCUAAAUUGGUAAGUGUCUCAGUCCUAAGGCUUCCCUCUCUUUGCAAAUUACAGAUAAAAGGUUGUAGUGAGAUGGUUCUAAAAGGUCUCACUGAAUUAACCUCUCUAAGAGAAUUGUAUAUUAAGGAUAUUUCGGGACUGACCCGUUUACAGGAAGAAUUCACUCAUUUCUUGGUGUCACUUGAAAAAUUUAUAGUGCGUGACUGUGCUGCACUUGUGACUCUAUGGCAGAAGGGUAAUACACCACUACACCUUUCCCAUUUGCAACACUUAAAUGUCGGGGGAUGUUCCGAACUUGUGUGCUGGGCUGAAGAAGAUCAAAUGCUACCUCGAAAUCUUGAAUCUUUGCGAGUAUUUGGCUGUGAUUAUCUGGAGAGGUUGCCAAAUGGCCUGGAAAGCCAUACUUCUCUCAAAGUAUUGUAA